UGUAUAGAAGAAAGCGAUCACUUAGAGUGUGUUGACUAUAGUGUUAGGAAUGCAUUGCUUUUGAGAUCAGUUUUGAGUGUAUUCUUUGCCGAAGAGAUAUAGCAUUGAGUUGUGAUUGAAGUGACGGUCAAAUCCAUUGGUAAUGCUUUUGCCGAAAGUAAGCGCUUAUCGCAAGUGUUGGCAACUCUUGGCCUCAAUUGAGAGCCAAUCCAACAGAAUAUUCUUCACUCAAAGCCACAAAUCAUUGCACACUUCCAUCGAUGGCCGCAAACAAACACAUUCUUCGCAUAAGUCUUCACAUCAAAUCUCAAAGGAUUAUGCGGUGACUGACCAUACGUUUGAUGCGGUAGUGGUGGGCGCGGGUGGGGCCGGACUGCGGGCCGCCUUUGGUUUAGUACAGGAGGGCUUCAAGACGGCGGUGAUUACGAAGCUGUUCCCGACCCGAUCUCACACAGUGGCGGCUCAGGGAGGCAUCAACGCUGCGUUGGGCAAUAUGGAGGCCGACGACUGGAAGUGGCACAUGUAUGACACCGUCAAGGGAUCCGAUUGGUUGGGAGAUCAGGACGCCAUUCACUACAUGACUCGUGAGGCGCCCAAAGCGGUGGUCGAACUCGAGAACUACGGAAUGCCAUUCAGUCGGACCCCUGAGGGCAAGAUAUAUCAGCGGGCGUUCGGCGGACAGUCGUAUAACUUCGGGAAAGGAGGUCAGGCUCACCGCUGCUGUUGUGUCGCCGACCGCACCGGUCAUUCACUACUCCACACACUUUACGGCCAGUCAUUGAGAUAUGAUUGCAAAUAUUUCGUCGAAUACUUCGCACUCGACUUACUUAUGGAAAACGGAGAAUGUGUUGGAGUUAUCGCUCUUAACCUCGAAGACGGAUCCCUCCAUCGUUUUAGAGCCAAAAACACAGUUCUGGCGACCGGUGGUUACGGACGCGCGUACUUCUCGUGCACUUCUGCGCAUACGGUGACCGGCGACGGAACAGCAAUGGUAAGUCGAGCAGGACUUCCCUGUCAGGACUUGGAGUUCGUUCAGUUCCAUCCGACCGGUAUCUACGGCGCCGGUUGUCUCAUAACAGAGGGCUGUCGAGGAGAGGGAGGCUUUUUGGUGAAUAGCGAAGGCGAACGCUUUAUGGAGAGGUACGCACCGGUGGCCAAAGACUUGGCCUCUCGCGAUGUCGUCUCCCGAUCCAUGACUAUAGAGAUCAGAGAAGGCCGUGGAUGUGGUCCUCUUAAAGAUCACGUGUAUCUACAACUCCAUCACUUGCCCGCCGAACAGUUGGCCACACGUUUGCCCGGAAUUUCGGAGACAUCGAUGAUAUUCGCGGGCGUCGACGUGACUCGGGAACCGAUACCAGUGCUGCCAACUGUUCACUACAAUAUGGGAGGCGUUCCCACUAAUUUCAAGGGACAAGUGCUGACAUAUGCUGAAGGAAAAGGUGAUGAAGUGAUUCCCGGCCUAUACGCUGCCGGCGAGUCUGCCUGCGCCUCAGUCCACGGCGCCAACCGAUUGGGUGCCAACUCUUUGCUUGAUUUAGUAGUGUUCGGUCGGGCGUGCGCUCACACUAUCGCACAGACCAACAAACCGGGCGAACGUAUCGCUGAAUUAAAAGCUAAUUCUGGUGAACAGUCGGUGGCAAACCUGGACAAAGUGAGACACGCCAACGGUUCCACAUCCACAGCAGAGUUGAGACUCAAAUUGCAGAGAUAUAUGCAAACACACGCCGCUGUCUUCAGGACUGGUGAUAGUCUUAGGGAGGGAUGUGUUAAGAUUGACGAGUGCUUCGAACAACUCUCUGACCUCAAAUUGAAAGACAGAGGAAUGGUGUGGAACACAGAUCUGGUGGAAGCGCUGGAACUGCAGAACCUGAUGCUCAACGCGUUGAUGACAAUUAAUGGCGCCGAACGCCGUGAGGAGAGUCGGGGCGCACACGCGAGGGAGGACUUCAAGGAUAGGGUCGAUGAGUACGACUACUCGAAGCCUAUUGCGGGCCAACAGAAGCGUCCGGUAGAGAAACAUUGGCGCAAACAUACGUUAGCGGUGGUCGACAACGGGAAAGUGGGCAUUUGGUACCGACCCGUCAUUGACCAGACACUAGAUAACGAAUGUAAUACCGUUCCGCCCGCCAUCAGAGCCUACUAGUGCUGCUGACCCUUAGUAUUAAUUAAGUUGAAUCAAAUGUAUUAGUAAUUAGAAAAUUGGUUUAGAAAAAUCCGGAAUUAAUUGAAAUAAAAUUGAUUUAAUUUUAUUUAUAAUUAUAUGUUUUAAGACAAUUGAAAGGCACGGCUGAGAUAAUGAAUCAGUAUUUUAUAAGUAUAGUGUAAUUGACAAUAAUAUGUAAAUAUUAAUUAAUAAAAUACAAAAAUUAAAACAAA